AUAACACAGAGUCAGCUGACACAAACGCAACGCGGAAACUGUAAAGCCAGCAGCUACAACACGCUCAAUCUGUUAAAAAACAUAUCCAGGCUAAUCUUUUUACAACACAUUGGUUUGUAUGCUGAACGUGUGCGUAAGGUGGGAUCCAUAACUCCAGAGCGGGUUCAAGAGCAGCAGAGGGCUGGCACUCUCCACUGGACUGAUGGCAGGGAGCAUCGCGCUCAGCGGGACACAAAUUUCCUACAUCGGAAAUGACUGCAGAGAAAUUCCAGAGUACAUUGGGAAAACUUAUGGACACUUUGCAAAGAGGCUGGAUCUGAGCUUGAACCAACUCAGGUCUCUGUCCGGGCUCAAUAUGUUCCCCGAGCUAGAGGAGCUGAUCGUGGACAACAAUCAGAUCGGGAAUGACGUCCGAUUGCCGAAAUUACCUCAUCUGCACACCCUGACGCUCAACAAAAACCAGCUGACUGAUAUAGAGGCGCUGCUGGAGCACUUGGCGGAGGUGACCCCAGCCCUGGUGUACCUCAGUCUGCUGGGCAACGAGGCCUGCCCCAACCAGCUGGUCAGCCCCGACAAGGACGAAGACGACUACCAGAGAUACAGAUACUUCGUCCUCCACAAGUUACCCCAGCUCAAGUUCCUGGACACCCGUAAGGUCUCGAGGCUGGAGGCGUUGGAGGCGCAGGCGAGGGGCGAGUACAUGAAGGUGGUCAAACCCAAGCGUGACGGUGCAUCAAGUGAGGCCAACGUGGACAGUAACCCUCUGCCGUAUACGCCUUUACCCCGAGGGUCCAGGGACGCCCGGAACCACAGAGGUCUAUUCACCAAGUGUCGUUACGUCUACUACGGCAAGCACUCAGAAGGCAACCGAUUCAUCCGGAACGACCAGCUCUGAUGUCCAACCACCUCCACACAACUACCAGCAUUAUUAUACAGCACUGAGCACAAGCAGGAAGAAACCAAGCCAAAUCUGCAUCUUUUUACCAUUAUUAUUGUUAUUGUAAGCCACCAAUCAUGCUUCUUAAUUAGUAUUGCACUAUAUAUGGCAAUUGAAUCGAAAUUGCAGUUAGAGUUGGUAUGAUUAUCUAAUCACGAAGGCUACAACCAUUUAGCCACUUGCUUCUGUGCACAAAAGCAACCAGCAAUCUCACUGUUAGCGUCACUACUUCCUGUCCAGUUUUAUGUCUAUGGGGUUUUUGCAGAGUCACACUAAAAUUAAUAAAUAUUUAAAGAUGAGGCAGUGGACAAGGAGCUGUGUGUGGAUGUCACUGACAACAUGACGUGACAACACAACACAAAUAAAAUGAAUACUUCACCAGUUGUUUAUUUUAUGUUUUACCGAUUUUAAUAAAAGUGACUGUUAGCUUUGAGAACAGUGAGCUAGCUAGUGUGCGUAUAGAAUGUCCUCUGCAAAGAACAAAGUACCCUUUUGUAGAAAUAUCUUUUUGUACACUUUUUAAACAUACAUCACAAUCAAAAUUACAAUAAUUUUUCCCCAAAAUCGAGCAGCCAUAUUCAUAUGUUUCAAAAUGAUGAGAAGUUGGAACUGUUGCCAUAGUAAUUAACAAUUUCGAACUAAAUAUUACAUCUUUUGAACGGUCCUCAAGAUGAUGCAUACACCAGGAAGCUGCCUUUUCUUGUAUCUUAACCCGGCCUCUCCUUUUGAGCUUUUGCCCCGUGCAAGUUUAAAGUCAGGGAUGACACUUGAGCUGACAUGAUUGCCUCUAAGCAUCAGCAGAGCCAGCACAAACAAAGCUCCUCUCUCCCUCUUUUUCUCUCUCUCUUUCUGUCUCCGUCGGUGACAAACACAUCCCUCCAAUUGCCUGUGUUCCUCUGACAGCCAUGAUGGAUCACCUAUCUACUGCUGCCACUAAUCAAGGGUGAAGGGGUGACGGUCACACACCUGGGGCCUGACUCGGGCUCAUCACUCUCCCGCAGUUCUCUCUCUAUCUCUCUUUCUCUAUUCUCCUCCUCUCUGUCUCAUCCUUUCUUUCUGUCAAGGCACGCACAUCUGCUGUUAAAAACAUUAAGACAUUGAUGCACCAGCUGUUUAAUAUUCCGCGAUCAAACUCAAGGCACGAUUAGACUGAGCGAGAAGUUAGUUUUUUUACAUUUGAUUUUGACAAAGAUUUUCCUGUAUAGGCACGAGUAGCAGGUGAAAUGCUUAUUAAAGGUGGACUAUGGAACUUUUCUGGCGCUGCUUGUCUCCAUAGAUAUGUUAUUGCUUUGCCUAGAAUGUUCCACAGUAUGGUAUUAAACUUGUCUAUCUCUAUGGAGACACCAGCUUAUAUGUCUGUGGAGAGGAUGCAAGUUUUUCCAGAUAUUCCUAGCAACAAAAAUAUCUUUAAUUGAAUGAAUACUAUAGAGUUUAAUAGACCACUUUGGAGCAUUUCAGGAAAAGUAAUAUCUCCAUGGAAACCACCCACUAGAAAAGUUUCAAUUUGAACUCUACUAUGGCAUUGAAUUUGCCUGUCUGUUCUAUUUUCUAAGGCCUUAUCAAUAGGUUAAAUGUUUGGAAAUAAAACUUUUUAUUUGUUAUUGUUACAGUGAUUACCGGCAGCAAAAUAUCUGAAAUAUUUUUGUCAAUUGCUUAAUAAAAAUAUAAUAGAUGUUAUAAUGAAAGAAAUGUUAUAAAAUUAUAAUUGUGGACAGUUAAAAAGCACUGUGUUGGACUCUUCAUUCUAUUACUGUCUUUUAUGAAGGCAAAGUGUAUUUUAUUAUUUUAGUACAUUCCAUUUAUAUUUUAUGUCUGCCAAGUUUUUUCACCUACUGAAUGUAUAAGAGUCUCAUAUGUUUAACUGAUUAUCUGUAGAUAAAAUAGAGCCUGUGCAAUAAGCACAUGGAAACCUUGAAUUUCAACCCUCUUUCUUGUUAGUGUGUCUCCAUAGUUUUGUAUUGUAUUCACUGUUAUUGACUCAGGUUGUGUCGAAUGAUAAAUGAAUGACUGUAAUGAAACGCUGUGAAUGCUCAUGUACAGUUUGUAUUGGCUCAUUAAAGACAUUUGACUAUGUC